CCGGUUCCGCCGGUGCCGCGCGGGCCGUUCCGGGGGCGAUGGGGCCGGGACGGGGACAGGGACGGGGACCGGGAUGGGGACGAGCCGCUGCCGCCGCAGAGGGCGAGGAAGAGGCGGCCGCGGAGCAGCGGCUCGGGAGGCUGGAGCCGGCGGAGGAGAGCUCUGGCUCCAGCGACGAGAGCGACGACGGCGGGAGCGUGGCGGGGGCUGGCGGGAAAGGUCACUCUGACAUGUCUUUUGAGGAACUCCUGCAGGUGCAGAGUGAUACCAGAACAAAAGUGAGCAGGAAGGUGCCUGGUGGGAAGAAAACUGCAAAGCCUACCAAAGCUACACUGAAGCAACAAGGCAAAAAGGGGCCAUUGGAGAUGUCAGCCAAGAAGCCUGUACCUUUCCUGCGACAAGUUGUCCCUGUUAGGAAGAAGGUCCAGAGAGACCCUCGAUUUGAUGACCUUUCUGGAGAGUAUAAGCCUGAAAUAUUUAUGAAGACGUACAGCUUCCUGGACAGCAUCAAGAAGCAGGAGAAGGAGAUGGUUCAGAAGCAGCUGAAGAAAUGCCGGAACGUGGAACAGAAGGAGAAACUGCAGCGGCUCCUGAACCGUAUGACACAGCAGGAACAGGCACAGAAGAAACAGCAGAAGUUGAGAGAGAGGGAGCUGUCUUUGAAAAGACAACAGAGGGAAUUGGCCAAGCAGGGAAAGAAACCCUUCUUCCUAAAGAAAUCUGAGAAACGGAAAUUGGAACUAGCUGAGAAGUAUGCAGAGCUGAAGAGGAGUGGAAAGCUGGAGAGCUUCCUGAACAAGAAGAGGAAGAGGAAUGCCAUCAAAGACAAGCGCCAUCUGCCCUCACAGAAGAACUUGUGACUGUUGGACAGUCAUGCUGUUGUCUGGCACUGGCUCAUUCUGCCUUGGCCAGGCCUGGAGGAUGGUUAUCCCUCUUCCCAGGAUCUGCCUUCCACUGCACAGUGAUGCUCUAAGGCAGCAGAGUAGGGGCUGAACUGAAGGAACUAAAGGUUUUUUGUAGCUGAAGUAUCUGCUUUGCUUGUGGUUUAGAUCAUGCCUGGGUGGUGACAAGUGUGUCAUGCAGAUGCUGAUGGUGAUGACAGCUGUCUUUGCCCUUGCACCUGCUCAUUUCUAACUCCAGCAAGGAAAGCGUGAGUCCUGCCCUACACUGCUGGCUCUACUCCAGGUUCUUUCAGACUUCCACUGAGGCAGCAAAGGAUGUGGGACAAUCCCUGCUCAGAGCAGCAACCCUGACUUCAGAUCAGGUUGCUCAGAGCUGCUUUGGUGGGAGCUGGUAAUGUCCAAGGACAGCUGCCUUCACCUCUCUUGGCCUCUGCUCUACUGCUUCAGGUUCUCAAGAUGGAACUUUUUGUUCCCUCAUCCAGGAAACCUGCCUGGUGUUAGUCCACAAUCAUUGUCUUGUUCUCAGUGA